AUGUGUGGUACCCGUCGCAAAGGUUACUAUGAUUUUUUACACGAUUAUUGUAUGAAGGAAAUAUCUACAGUAAUCGAUCAGCGACGCGCAAAUCGGCAGCGCGCUACUACUACUACUAACGUGCAAACAGCCAAUGAAGAUGAUGACAAUAAGGAAGAGCCAUCAAGUGAUGAGGACUCGAAUGCAGAUGCAGAUACCGACGAAGACUUCGUGCUUAGUGACGAUAAAGAGUCGACGAAACUGCUUCGAGAAGCUCUCAAUCAUCUAUUGGACUUAUGUGGCAACAAGAAUCGAACGUGGGUGACCCAUAACUAUCGAGAGCUGACCGAACAAACUCGUCUCAGGUAUUUAUCUCGCGCUCGUUCAAUCGUCAAGAGCGUGAUACGCGUCAUGGCCCCGAACGAUGUUGAUCAAUUGGAACAUGACUUAUUUGAGCAUCACGGUGAUAAGCACGUGGUCAAACUCGAUGGUAAUUUUCUUUCGGUUAUGGAAGGUGUGUCCGAGGCCUACAAGAACACUGAAUCGUGGACGACUCGUCGUGAAAUUCUAUCGAUCGUCGCACCGCAAAUCAAUUUCAAACUAAUCCAAUCGUUUUUGCCCGGUCUCACUAUUGACCGCUUCACGGCCGCUCGCAAACACGCAGCCGAGUUCGGUCAUGGUGUCCCCAUCGAUCAGUCACCCACCGUGGUCCAACGCUUUGACUACGAUCAGGUCGAGCAUUUUAUCGAAUUCAUCACGUCCGAGCACGUCUGCACAGAUCUCCCAUUUGGCGAACGGUGUCUCAAACAAUCGAAUGGAAACGAACUAUUCGUACCCAACACUAUCCGAAACAUGAUUCCGACGCGCAUUAUCGAGCAAUAUUACAUUUUUUGUCAAGAAAACUCGCUCGGCUUCCAUCCAUUAGGACGGAGCAGCCUAUACUCGCUACUCGAUGUGUGUAAAUCAUCGACGCGUAAAUCUCUACAAGGGAUUAACUAUUUUGCUGCUGAUGCGGGAGAAGCAUUUGACUCAAUGGAAAAACUUAUUGAGGAACUCCAUCUCGACAUGAGGAAACAUCGCCGUCUACUAGAGAAUCUUAAGCGAGGCCGACAAUAUUUGAAAUCCGACUACAAGGUACAUGUCGCCAAAUCAUCUACGGUAGGCGAUCAUUGUGCCACAUUUGCGUUGUGUGACAAGUCGGACAAAAACUUUCAACAGAUGUGUGAUCACGAACAUACUGACACAUGUGAUGAGUGUCUCAAUCUUCGGGUCACUUUCGAAGAGAUCAAACAUGCCAUCGACAACUCCACCAAUGACAAGCAAGUAUCGACUCGACUGCUUGCCAAGUUCAUGUCAUACCAAGAGGCGAUCGAAGCCUGGAAGUGCCAUUUACUUCGUGCAAUCAACCAAGAUCUCUGUCGACAAGAAAUACUCGGUACAUUAAAUAACAACUCUGUGAAUAUUUAUAUGGACUGGGCCAUGAAGUGGCUGCCCGAAAAGUAUCGAGAAGGUCAAACUUACUUCUUUGGCAAGCGCGGCAUCAGCUGA